AUGACGUCAAUGAAAGAAUCAACCUCGAGCUACAGCCAGUUUGCUUGUAUUGGCGCUGGAUUCUCAGGCAUUGCUCUGGGAGUCACGCUCAAGCGAUGGUACAAGAUCACCGACAUUCGUUUCUUUGAACGGCACAGUGACCUCGGUGGGACUUGGUAUGCAAAUAAAUAUCCCGGCGCUGCUUGUGAUGUCCCAAGUGUCCUCUACAGCUACUCUUUCGAGCCCAACCCCAACUGGUCUCGAGUUCUGCCUUCACAGGAGGAGCUUUGGAAGUACCAAAAACACGUCGCGGAUAAGUACGAUCUACCGUCAAAGAUGACAUUUGGUGUCGAAGUCCAAAAGUGUCAAUGGAUUGAACAACACAAGAGAUGGGUUCUUGAUGUUCGCGACUGCAAGACUGGUACCAUGUUUCAACACGAAUGCAGGUUUCUGUUCGCGGGCUCUGGUAUCCUGGUCACACCUCGAGAGAUUGACGUUCCCGGCUCUGAAGACUUCAAAGGAUCCAUAUUCCAUACAUCACAGUGGAGGAGCGACGUUGAUGUCGAGGGCAAGAAUGUCGUCGUCAUCGGGAACGGCUGUACAGCUGCCCAGAUAGUCCCCUCGAUUGUCGACAAGACAAAGCAUCUGACCCAGAUAGUCCGUGCCAAACACUGGAUGCUUCCGCCUAUUGAUGGCGUGUAUACCGAUUACAUGAAGUCUAUCUUCAAAUAUCUACCAGGGACUAUGAUGAUACAACGGCUGCUCAUAUUCUUGUUCGCCGAGAUUGAGCUGAAGGCGGUUCCUAUGACUACCUCUGCAGCUAAAUUCCGACAGAAACGACGCGCUUAUGCUGAGAAGUUCAUGAGAGAUACUGCUCCCGCCAAGUAUCACGACCUUCUGAUUCCAGACUUCGAGAUCGGCUGCAAGAGACGAAUUUACGAUUCUGGAUACUUGGCAUCCCUCCACUCCAAGAAUCUGACUCUGACCAACGAGCGAGCUCUCAAGAUUGUCGAGAACGGAGUCGAGACAGAUCGUGGCUUUGUUGAAGCUGAUGUCAUUGUGCUGGCUAAUGGCUUUUCUACCAACACCUUCCUCGAAGGUGUCGAGGUUGUUGGACGAGAUGAAACGUUGACCCAGCAUUGGGAGUCGUUUGGGGGAGCCGAGGCUUAUAACUGCUCUGCUAUGAGUGGCUUCCCCAACUUCUUCAUGCUUCUUGGCCCAAAUGCAACAACAGGUCACACUUCGGCCAUCAUGGCCAUCGAGAACAGUGUCAACUUUGCACUGCGCAUCCUCAAGCCUGUCCUUGGCAGCCCCAACGGAGUCGUUGAGCUUGAUAGAGAUGCUGAAGAGCGUUACGUCAAUCGCAUCCAGGAUGAUCUGUCCAAGACAGUAUGGAACUCAGGGUGCCAGAGCUGGUACAUCCAACCACACUCAGAGAGCAGCCGAGUGUGGAAUGCCAUGGUUUAUCCGUAUUCCCAGGGAUACCUGUGGUAUAGAAGCCUGUUUCCUGUUUGGCGAGACUGGAAGAUCACUGGUCGUACUCGUAACUGGAAAACCUCUUCACUUACAAAAGCACCCGAACAUCCUUUAGGCAGAAUUCUCUCGAUGCAUCACUUGUGCAGUAUCUUUGCCCUUCUCCUCGUCACCGCUCGUAGACAGUGGGGAAACAUGCUCGCCUCGAAUCAUGACUACACUCUCACGAACACCAAAGACCUUGCAGUUCCUACCCAUGAGCUCAUCAAGAAUCUUGGAGGCGAAUCCAUCUUCCAGCGAUGCGAUGUGUCAAACAGCUCGCAGAUAGAGAAGCUCGUGUCCAAGGCCGCAUCCACAUUUGGACGUCUUGACAUUAUGGUAAACACCGCUGGGAUUUUUACGGGUCUCAAGAGUAUUCUUGAAGAAACGCACGACGAUUUUGACCGUAACAUGUCGAUCAACACAAGAGGGACCUACUUCGGAUGCAAAUACGCCAUCAAGCAGUUCCUUUCACAAUCUGAACCCGCUCCAGACACAUCUGAAGAUGCUCAGUCCCACCAUUCUAUUGGCAAGAUCAUCAGCAUUGCUUCAAUGGGCGGCCUGAUAGGUCUGGCCCAAGAACCAUCGUAUUGCGCUUCAAAGGGAGCCGUCGUGAAUCUCACACGUCAACUCGCUGUCGACUUUGGCCCUUCCCGUAUCAAUGUCAACUCUCUGUGUCCUGGAUUCCUGGCUACUGCUAUGGUGAGGCCCUUUAUCGAAGACAAGGCUCUCAACAAAUCUUUGCAUGAUGCUACGCCGUGGCCACGGCUUUGA